AUGGGCUGCCGGGAUGUUCACGCAGCUACAGUCCUCUCCUUCCUGUGUGGAAUCGCCUCCGUAGCAGGCCUCUUUGCGGGGACUCUGCUUCCCAACUGGAGAAAAUUAAGACUGAUCACGUUCAACAGAAACGAGAAGAACCUGACUGUUUACACAGGCCUGUGGGUGAAAUGUGCCCGAUACGAUGGGAGCAGUGACUGCCUGAUGUACGACACCACGUGGUACUCCUCAGUUGACCAGCUGGACCUGCGGGUCCUCCAGUUUGCCCUGCCCCUCAGCAUCCUGAUCGCAAUGGGUGCUCUGCUGCUCUGCCUGAUUGGAAUGUGUAACACAGCCUUCAGGUCCUCUGUGCCCAACAUCAAACUGGCCAAGUGUCUGGUCAAUAGUGCAGGCUGCCACCUGGUGGCAGGGCUGCUGUUUUUCCUGGCAGGUACUGUGAGCCUCUCCCCAUCCGUUUGGGUCAUCUUUUAUAACAUGCAUCUGAACAAGAAGUUUGAGCCAGUCUUUAUGUUCGACUAUGCAGUGUAUGUCACUAUUGCUAGUGCCGGGGGCCUCUUUAUGACUGCCUUCCUACUGUUUAUUUGGUACUGUGUAUGCAAAUCUUUGCCUUCUCCUUUCUGGCAACCAUUGUAUUCUCACCCUUCCAAUAUGCAUGCUUACUCACAGCCCUAUUCAGCCCGCUCCCGGCUCUCUGCCAUUGAGAUCGACAUUCCUGUAGUUUCACACACUGCCUAAUGGGAAGAUAGUUCCUUGUGAAAGAAAAUUCUUUUCAUAGCU